AUGGCCUCAAAUUGUGUCAAGCGCCCUGGUGACGAUAACACAAUCCUCCAGUCGUGGGCUCAAUGCGUGUGGGCCACGCAGGUCGCCUUCGCCAACUUCUCCGUGGACACCGAGGUGCGCUCCAGCUUCAUCCAGCGGCCGGGCUGCGGAGCCAAGAGCGCAGGGGAGAUGCAGCGGGGAGAUCCUCUCCAUCCUGGGGCUGGCCGCACCGUCCGCGGUCCGCACGUCCCACUCCAAAUACAAACGCUUGCCCCGGUGUUCAUGCUGGACCUCUACAACACCAUCUCUCCGGACGCACAGCUGCCCGGAUACUCCCUCUACAAGCCCGUUCUGCCGACCCAGGUCUCCCCCGUGGUGACCCCACAGGACAGCCGCUUCCUAGAUGACGCGGACACGGUGAUGAGUUUUGUCAAUCUCGUGGAUCAGGAUCAGGAUCCUUCGCACCGGCAUCACAGAAGAGAGUUUCGGUUCGACCUUUCUCGUAUUCCAGAGGGCGAAGUUGUCACAGCAGCAGAGUUCAGGAUCUAUAAGGAUUUCCUCCAGGAGCGCUACGAGAACGAGACGUUCAGAGUCAGCGUGUUCCAGGUCCUGCAGGAGCCGCCCAGCAGGGAAGUGGAGCUCUUGCUGCUGGAACAGCGGGAGGUGUGGGCUGCGGAGGAGGGCUGGCUGGUCUUUGACCUCACCGACACAAGCAACCUCUGGCUGGUCCACCCGGAGCAGAACCUCGGCCUGCAGCUGGUCCUGGAGAACAGCCACGGUCAGAGGAGGAACCCCAGACUGGGGGGGCUGGUGACGAGCAGUGGGCCUCAGGACAAGCAGCCCUUCGUGGUGGCCUUCAUCAAAGCCAACGAGGUGCGUUUCCGCAGCAUCCGCUCCGCCCACGGCCACAAGGGGCGCCACUCCAACCGCUCCAAACCCCAGAAGACUGUCCACGAUGCAAUAAAGGCAGUGGAGGCUGCAACAGAUUACCGCGGCAUCUCCAAAGAGGGAUGCAAAAAGCACGAGCUGUAUGUCAGCUUUAGAGAUUUGGGAUGGCAGGACUGGAUCAUAGCACCAGAGGGCUAUGCAGCGUACUUCUGCGAGGGAGAAUGCGCCUUCCCUCUCAACUCCUACAUGAAUGCCACCAAUCACGCCAUUGUGCAAACUCUGGUGCACUUCAUCAACCCGGACACGGUGCCCAAGCCCUGCUGCGCCCCCACGCAGCUCCACGGCAUCUCGGUGCUCUACUUUGACGACAGCUCCAACGUCAUUCUCAAGAAAUAUCGCAACAUGGUGGUCAGAGCGUGUGGCUGCCACUGA